AUGCUCCGCCCCUCGCGGCCACUGCGCCGUUCCAUCGACGGACAGCGACGGGAGAGCAGCAGCAGUCAGAGCUCUAAGGGAUCUAUGGCAUCACAGCGAAUAAGCUGCCGCUUCCAUGAGACCUCGUCCUCGUUCGCGACAACCUCGACGGCAAGUUGUGCGACUGCGGCGCCGCCAGGUCCGGCCGCAGUUCCGGACUCUGAGAUGACGCUUGCCGUGCCGCUACCCUCGCUGCACUCUUGCAGAGCUGGAGCGUACAAGGUGAGUGGCCUGCGUAGAGUGCACUCCCCACCCCAGGGGCUGACGUCUUCUGUUUCUGCGGCUGAUUGCAUGGAUAACGUUGCUUCUGCUGUGGCCAGCAGUGUCAAAAGUAACUCAGAUGGGCACUCUGGGCAACCGUCUUCCUCGCUGAAAGUCUCAACGCCGCACUACGCGUGUCUGCAGAGGGUUUUCGAUGGCACCGUCAGGCAAUCGUGCGUGCCGAAGUCAGCCCAGCGGCUCUUCACCUCGGCUGAGCUGUCGAUGCUGCGUAACGAGGCCCGGCGGACGUACACACACAGACGGAGUAUGGAGGAGCAGAAGGAGCUCGUCGUUGCAGAGGCAGAGGCACGCUCGCUGCUGGCUGAAGUCGCGUUGGACCACAUCGCAGCGGUAUGGGAGCUUCAUAGGACGGAGUGUGAAUGUCGAAUGCGGGCGGCGUCGGCAGCAAUGCUUCCGGUGCAGUGUCUUGAGCAGCGAAUUCGCCGUCGCAUUAACGAGGAGGACGCGCAGCGAGAUGAGCAGCUUCGCCAGGAGGGCCGCGUCGCAUGGCGGCUACAAGUGGAGCUUGAAAAGACGGCUGCAGCGGACACCGGCACGCGCGAGGUAGAACGUCGAGCGGCCAGCCAUCGCUUUGGCGCAGCGCUUACGUUUAUCACAGUGCAGGAGAUCAAGUUGCGAAAGGCUGUAGAGGCUGCGUCAGCAAAGUUUUGGGGGACAUUUGCGCAGGAGGUGGCAGAAGGCAAGGCCGACGCUGAGCACCGCGCACUGGUGCGAUUCCUUAACACCCCUGAGCAGCUUGCCCUCGCUGCGGCGCGCGAGCAGCGAGAGCGGAAGCGGGCGCGUCGCACAGCGAGACUACUGAAGCUAUUUGAAGAUCAGCAAAAGGGUUUUGUGAAUGGGUGUCGGCAUGGGACAGGCGGGGUAUCGCUGUUUGUGGGUGACACAGUCAAGAAGGUAUGUGGGCGUUGUCGUGUCAAGUGGGAUGAAGGCCUUGGUUACUACGUGUCCAUUGAUCGCACCGUGAAGACGCACCCACCUCCGCCGCCGAUUACUGCGGAAGCGGACGCAGAGGCCAAUACGGCGUCACCUGUUGGGAAACAACCCCCAGCAGAGGUUGUCAAGUGCGGUAGCGUGUUGCCGCCAGUGAAGAAGGGGUUGAAAUAG